UUCGUUGCUAAGGAAGACGUAAAGAUGUCUCUCGUGAGUUUUCUACCCGCGCCUACCCAGCUGUCCCAGGACCAGCUCGAGGCAGAGGAGAAACUCCGGGCCCAGAAGUCCUCCUACUCCACCGCCCUGGUAGCAUCCCGCAGGGAGCCCCCUCCUUACGGACAGAGAAAAGGCUGGGUGCCGCGAGCUUUCGAGGACUUCGGAGAUGGAGGAGCUUUCCCAGAGAUCCAUGUGGCCCAGUUUCCUCUGGAGAUGGGCCGGAAAAAGAAGACGUCCAAUGCCCUGGCUGUGCAAGUGGACGCAGCCGGAAAGAUCAAGUAUGAUGCCAUCGCCAGACAAGGCCAGGGGAAAGACAAGGUGAUCUUCAGUAAAUACACCGACCUGCUUCCUAAGGGGGUCCUGAAUCAAGAUGCUGCAGAACUUCAACGGCCAGAUGAGGAGGCUGUGCAAGAGCUGACAGAGAAGACCCGCGCCGCCCUGGAUAAGCAGGUUUCUCAGAAGAUUGCUGCUGCGAUGCCAGUGAGAGCUGCAGACAAACAGGCUCCGGCACAGUACAUCCGAUACACACCGUCUCAGCAGGGGGUGGCUUUUAAUUCCGGGGCCAAGCAGAGAGUCAUCCGCAUGGUGGAGAUGCAAAAAGACCCCAUGGAACCGCCUCGGUUCAAGAUCAACAAGAAAAUUCCUCGGGGGCCUCCGUCCCCACCCGCCCCUGUCAUGCACUCCCCAAGCAGAAAGAUGACAGUCAAGGAGCAGCAGGAGUGGAAGAUUCCUCCCUGUAUUUCCAACUGGAAGAACGCAAAGGGUUACACCAUCCCUCUGGACAAACGUCUGGCCGCCGAUGGCAGAGGGCUGCAAACGGUUCACAUCAACGAGAACUUCGCCAAGCUGGCCGAGGCUCUUUACAUCGCAGACAGAAAGGCCAGAGAGGCAGUGGAGAUGCGUGCGCAGGUGGAGAAGAAAAUAGCUCAGAAGGAGAAGGAGAAGAAGGAGGAGAAGCUGAGGGAGCUGGCCCAAAUGGCCCGAGACCGCAGGGCAGGGAUCAAAAGCCACGGCGACAAAGGUGGCGAGGACAGCGAGGCCAGGGAGCGUGACGAGAUCCGCCACGACAGAAGGAAAGAGAGACAGCACGACAGGAACAUUUCCAGAGCCGCUCCUGAUAAGAGGUCGAAGCUGCAGAGAGAUCAAGACAGAGACAUCAGUGAAAUCAUCGCUCUGGGUAAACCGAACCCUCGCUCUUCCAGCGAGGCUCAGUAUGACCAGCGACUCUUCAACCAGAGCAAGGGCAUGGACAGCGGCUUCGCAGGCGGCGAGGACGAGAUGUACAACGUGUACGACCAGCCGUUCCGCGGCGGCAGAGACAUGGCCUCCAACAUCUACAGGCCCAGCAAGAACAUCGACAAGGACGCGUACACGGACGACUUCGAAACUCUCAUUAGCAACAACAGGUUCGCCCCGGAUAAGGAGUUCUCCGGCGCCGACCACACGCAGCGGCGGGAGGGGCCGGUGCAGUUCGAGGAGGAUCCCUUCGGUCUGGACAAGUUCUUGGAGCAGGCCAAGCAGCACGGCGGCUCCAAGCGGCCGUCCACCAGCAGCCGGUCCAAGGACGAUUAUCAUGACAAAAAACGGAGGAAGGAGUGAUGGCAGCAAGGAAGCAACGUCUCUAACAUGUCUCCUUUCAAAAAAAAAAAAAAAAAAAAAUGUACAUUUGGUCAUCCUGUUCAUAUU